UGGAGAGACACCUGAGAAACCACUCAAGUGAGAAGCCGUUGUUUUGCAAAUUAUGUGGGAGAGGUUUUGUACAAAAUCAAUACUUAAUCGAUCACAUGAGAAUCCACUCAGGUGAGAAGCCGUAUAUUUGCAAAACGUGGAAUAGUUUUCAGACUUCAAACAUCCUUGUCGGCCCACAUGAGACUCCACACAGGUGAGUUGUAUGUUUGCAAGACCUGUGGGAAAGAAUUCUGUGUCAUGUCACGAUUGAAUAGACAUAUGAGAAUCCACACAGGUGAGAAGCCGUAUACUUGCCAAACAUGCGGCAAACAUUUCACAUAUAGUCAAGACUUAAUUAGCCACACAAGAAUCCACUCAGGUGAAACGCCUUAUUCUUGCAAAACAUGUGGAAAAGAUUUCAGACAUAAAAGGUCUUUGUCAGUCCACAUGAGAGCACACACUGGUGAGACACCAUAUACUUGUAAAAUCUGUGGAAAAGGUUUUGGAUGUAACAGUAACUUGUUGGUUCACAUGAGAACACACACUGGUGAGACACCAUAUACUUGCAAAACCUGUGGAAAGGGUUUUGGAUGUAACAAUAAUUUAAUGGCCCACAUGAGAACACACACUGGUGAAAAGCCAUAUACUUGCAAAACCUGUGGAAAAGGUUUUGGAUGUAACAGUAACUUGUUGGUUCACAUGAGAACACACACUGGUGAGAAGCCAUAUACUUGCAAAACCUGUGGAAAGGGUUUUGGAUUUCGUAGUAGUUUGUUGGUCCACAUGAGAACACACACUGGUGAAAAGCCAUAUGCUUGUGAAAUAUGUGAGAAAAUUUUCAGGUGUGGUAGUCACUUGACAGACCACAUGAGGAGAGCUCACACUGGUGAAAAGCCGCACCUUUGCAAGACCUGUGGGAAAAGAUUUGUCACAGCGACUGAACUGAAAGGGCAUAAAAAUGUGCACACAGACAAGUAGUUUUCUGUUGAAACCCACACGGGUAGGUUACCUGUUUCAAGUUCUACCCCUGCUAAUAUGUUUUAUUUAAAUUAUUUACCUCAAAAUACUGCAAAAACAUUUCAGUUAAGUGCAGAGACAAUAACCAAAGUUUCCUCUUUGUAUUGGUGGAAGUAUAUAUUAAAAUAGAAGUGCUCUAAAAAAAAUAUUAGGAACACAGUAAGUCAUGUUACUGUUCCUUCAUCAAGGUGUUUUUGUCUUCUUCAUGUGAUGAUAUUAUGUCAAGUCAAAUUUAUUGAUAUAGCACAUUUAAAACAACCUCAGUUGACCAAAGUGCUGUACAGUUCUUCCAAAUAUAAAUAAAUGAAUGAAUGAAUAGCAAAAACAACAUAAGUUAUCAAUAAAAUCAACAAUAGGUUUAGACAAUAAAACAUCAAAAAUAUUCAGAGUUUUUACAAAAACUAUCGUCGAGUAUGAAGAAGAGAUCAACCGUCAGCGCAGACUUGAUGACAGCAGCAGAUGAAGCGCUCAUGUGGGUUGCAGUAUCAUGGUAUCCAGGAAGGUGCUCUUUGGUCAGGAAGUGCAGUACAUCUUAAAAAAGCAAAAUCCAAGGCAACUCUUCUCUGGUACUAAAGUUCAAAGGCCUUUAUUCAAUGGCUAGUUCAUGAUGAACAUUAAAAACACCAACAUGUUUCGGCCAUGCUCACUGGCCUUCAGGCCAGUGAGCCCUGAUGAAGGCCAGUAAGCAUGGCCGAAACAUGUUUUGUACCAGAGAAGACUUGCCUUGGAUUUUGCUUUUUCAAGACGUCUGCGCAGGCUGUUGGACGUCGUUUGGAAACCUGAAAUAAAGUUACACAGGAUAGGUAUGUAAAACCUACUCAUUUUAAUGACAUAGAAUUGGGGAUUUUUCAUUAUAAAUAACUCAAUUCUUAAUUUAUUUUGGCAUUAUUUGCUCUCAUAUCUAUAUACACAGUAUCUUGUUCUUUAUGUUGUCUGUCCCUCUAGAGCCUCCACAGCAACAUGUCUGGAAGGUGGAGCAGGUUCUCACUGAGCAGGUUAUCUCCCGCUCCUGUCCUCCCCUGUUCUGUUAUGUGGGGGUGUGAGGGGCGGGUUUUCAAUAUUUGUAGUAUUUUUUUUGUUGUUGUAUGUUUUUAGUUUGUAAAGCACUUUGGGGUUGCAUUUUUGAUGUAUGAA